AUGGAGGGAGGGCGACGCACGCCAAUGACUCUUCAGCUGCUCCGGGAGCUGUCGACUGAGUCGCCGCAAUUGAUUUUCCUUUCUUCUAAUCGAAAACAGAAGGGAAAAGAGAAGGGCCAGAAGCUGAGGAGGAAGAAUGGAGAUUUCCGUUUUGGUGAGGGGAAACAAAGAAGAUGGAUCAAGAAGGCAGAAGGUGAGGAGGAAGAAGGUGGAUUCAUUGGAGAGAGGCGGGAGGAGUCAGGACAUUGA